AGCAGCCAGCAAUGCAGCAGGUGCUGCUGGUGAUGACUUGGCCUGCUGGCCGUGUGCCAGAAUAAAAGGAGGAGGCCAGAAGGUUUCAGAGAUUGGCCGUUGCAUUGUGCAGGGCCAUGGCUGUGUAGGCAGCAGCCAUAGCUUUCUUACGACUUGCUGCUUCGACUAAUUGCCUGUAGCUAUCUAUCUACUAGCUAGCUAAGGUUAUUAGCUAGCUCUAGGUUACUAGCUAGCUAUAGCUGCUAGUGUAUCCGAGGUAGGAGAGCAGCAGGUAUGGGGAGGCCGCCGUGCUGCGACAACGGCGUCGGCGUCAAGAAGGGGCCGUGGACGCCGGAGGAGGACAUCGUCCUCGUCUCCUACAUCCAGCAGCACGGCCCCGGGAACUGGCGCUCCGUGCCCGAGAACACAGGGUUGAUGAGGUGCAGCAAGAGCUGCAGGCUGAGGUGGACGAACUACCUUAGGCCUGGGAUCAAGCGCGGGAACUUCACUCCUCAUGAGGAAGGGAUCAUCAUCCACCUUCAGGCGCUGCUUGGCAACAAGUGGGCAGCCAUAGCCUCCUACCUCCCUCAAAGAACCGACAACGACAUCAAGAACUACUGGAACACACACCUCAAGAAGAAGGUGAAGCGGCUGCAACAGCCAGCUGACACCUUCCAAACCGCUCCCUCCAAUGCAGUCACCAGUCCAAACUACUACAGCCCUACUACUAGCAGCAGCCACCACGGCCUUCAAGCAGGCCUUCAGCCCAUGAACAACUACCCGAACACCACCUGCACCAGUGCUCCGAGCAACAAUGAGACUGGUGCCAUCUCCAACCUCUUCCAGACAUGGAUGAGGCCAUCACCAGCAGCAGCAGCUAACUGCAAGGUCACCAUGCAAGAGUUUCAGGAAGAACAAGACGCUGCAGCUUCCAUCCUUUGCAAGGAUCAGAUUGUGAUGACCGGCGAUGUCAGUAAGUCAUCGGCAUUGGAGAUGGUGGUGGCGCCGGUGAUGGGAGCGAGCACUGCUACCUUCUCGCUGCUUGAGGAUUGGCUGCUCGAUGACAUGCCCGGGCAGGCCAUGGAUGGGCUCAUGGGCAUCUCUGCCGGCUGCUGUGCAGAUCCCAUCAUGUUCUAGUAGUUGUAUUAUCUUGGCUAUUAUAAGCUUCUCCCAAUGAGUCAUGCACUUGUAAUGUUUCCGGUAAUAAUAAGCCGUUUGUUUCCUCAAGGGAAAAAUCCUGGAGAUGAUCCUGUUAAUUUGGAGAUACUGUUAGUACGAAGGAUAUAAUAAUAAAAUGGUUUAGACUUCAGUACCAAGUUUGGGUAUUGAUUGCUUCUAUCA